AAAAAUAGUUUGCCAUGCACGUGUUUAUGAAGUUGAGAGAAAUCCAAAAUUAAAAUUGAAGAUAUUGUUUUGUGUGCAAAAACGUUAAAAAAUGUCGAAAAAGAUCAAACACUUAGUUGUCGAUACGACAGCUUUCAUAAAAGCUGAGAAUCUUUUAAAUAUAGCUGAAAAUGUUUACACAGUGCAAGAGGUAAUUGAUGAAAUUACAAACGAUAGACAACGUAGAAAACUUGUCGUUCUUCCGUACGAUAUAAAUGUUAAAGAUGUUUUCACUGAAAAUAUUAAGUUCAUCACAGAUUUUUCAAAAAAGACCGGAGAUUACACGAGUUUGUCUGCUACCGAUAUAAAGGUAAUAGCUCUGACUUAUCAACUCGAGAAAGAAAAAGUUGGUACUGAACACCUUAAAUCUGAACCAACAAUGCAGAAGACUAUUAAAGUAAGUGGCUUAUCCGGUUUUAACCUUCAUCCAGAAUCUAGUGAUAAUGUUGACAACAAAGCUACUAUAAACAAAGAAGAUAAUGAAUCACCAGACACUAAUGAAGAAAAUUCUUCCGAUGUUGAAAAACCUAAUGAUAAUUUAGUAAAAAAAUAUGAAGCCUUAGAAUGUGAAAAAACAUUUCCUGUAAAUGAAAAUAUUGGUGAAGAGAAAGAAGAUAAACUUGCACAAGACAUUGCUGAACAAAUAAAAAACAUUGAUUUAAAAGAUGAUAGUGAACUAAAUAAUGUAAUGGUUAAAGUUUCUGAUGAGGAAGAGGAUUCGGAAAGUGAAGACGAAACAGACAGCGAUGGAGAAGAAUGGAUCACACCAUCAAACUUAGCGCAAAAGAAAAAAGAUAUGGAAAUGGGAGAGUUUGAAGAGAAAAAUGUAGAAGUUGCUUGUAUUACUUCAGACUUUGCUAUGCAGAAUGUUUUAAAACAAAUAGGUUUAAAUGUAACUGCUAUAGACGGCAGAAUUAUCAGACAGCUUCGUACAUUUAUUUUCCGUUGCACAACAUGUUUUAAAACAACCAGUGUGAUGACUAAGUUGUUUUGUUCUAAAUGCGGGCAUGCUACUUUGAAAAAGGUAGCAGUAAGUAUUGAUGAUGAAGGUAAUCAACAUAUUCAUAUCAAUGGACGUAAACCUCUCACAGCAAGAGGUAAACGGUUCAGUUUACCAACACCGAAAGGAGGGCAACACUUCCAAUAUCCGAUACUAACAGAAGACCAACAUAUACAUAAGAGAUUUGCAACAAAACUGGCACGUAAGAAAACAAAUGCAAUGGACCCUGAUUACAUUGCAGGUUUCUCACCGUUUGCUAUGAAAGAUGUCAACUCGAAAUCCGCAGUUUUAGGUAUAAGAGCUGACAAACAAGAUGUUAAGUAUUGGAUGAAAAAUUAUUCUAAGGGAAAGAAAAAGUGAAUAAAAUAAAAUUUUUAUUUAACACUAAAA